GUCAAAACCAUCUUCUUCUUUAAUUCCCCAAAUUAACUUGUUCUUUAAUUAUCUGAGAUAAUGAAGAGUAGAAGGCAUCAGAAGAGCGAGAAGGGAAUAAAAGUGACGUACAUAUCGAGCCCUAUGAAGGUGAAGACGAGUGCUUCGAACUUCAGAGCUCUGGUUCAGAAGCUCACAGGGAAAUGUUCCAAUGUCGCAGAAGCUAAUUUCAUGGAGAAGAAGGAAGAAGCUCGUCAGAAGGAUAAUAAUGGUGAUAAGUUUAUAACAAUUAAGGGUUCAUCGUCUUCGUCUUCGUCUUCUGAUAAUUCUUCUUCUUCUUUGGAGCUUAAACAGCAACAACAAUGGAGGGUAAAAGAAGAAGCUGCUCUAGCUUGGAUGAAAUUACCAGAUUAUUCCAGUUCCUCAAUGGUGGAGCCAGUGCUCAAUGAACAACUUGUGUUGGAUUUCUUGGGCUUUGAUGCGUUCUAAAUUUCAUUUGUGUAGACUUAUUUAUUGAUUUUUGAUUUUUUAGUGAAAAAGUGUUUAUGAAUUAUAUUUAAAAGAAGAAUUACACUCAAGUUCUUCACAACACAAUUAAAUAAUGCAAAGUCAAGUGACAAUCAUCGUAACUGGACUUUGUACCAUUUAAUUGUGUUGUGAGGAACACAAAUGUAAUUCAUUGAUCUUAAUUUGAAUAUCCUUGAAUACUUCAUGUAUGAAAUAGAGAUAUAUAGAAAGAAAAUCAAGAUUCCUCUUACGUGGCUUUAUGUGUUUGAAAGUGAGAGAUCUUUUAUUUUUCUAAUUUUUAUUUCUCUCUACAUCAUCACUAUGAUGAAGUAUUUCAAAGGAUUUAUAUUUCAAGAGGAUUCAAUUACCAAUCAAUGAGACCUCACAUUGAUAUUGAUAAUGAGAUUUAAAACCAUGUGCUUGUGAAGAAAUAUAUA